AGUGAGCCACAAUUAGUCUUAACAAAAAAGAUGGAAAAGCCCAUGAACUAGAUGAAUUCGAAAAAGAUAAGGUUGUGAAUGAAUAUGAGAAAAAAUGAGAUGAAUGAAAUAUAGGACACCACAAAAUCAUUACAUGGAUUUUUGCUUGUGUUGAUACUACAACUAUGAGUCAAAUAGCAAAACAUGAUUUUGCUCAUGAAGCUUGGGAAUUCUUUGAGAAAACUCAUACUAUGAAGGAUGUAGCCUACAUUUGCAACCUUCAAAUGAAGAUUGCAAGUCUCCAGCAAGAAGAUAAAUUUAUUUAGGAGUAUGUUGGUGAGAUGGAACAAUUAUGGGAUGAAUUAGCCUCAUUUGAAUCCGAAUGAUUUGAUCCAAGAGACAUAGUACUAAGAGAAAAACAAAUUCAAAGGGAGAAAUUUUAUAAAUUUAUUCUUGGUCUUAGACCAGAAUAUAAUGGGUCAAAACUUCUUUACUUCAUAGACAUAAAGUGUGUCAUCCAUAAAAGAGACCAUAGCGGAGCUUCAAAUGAAAGAUAAUAAAUUUAACUUUUCUAGAGAAAAGAAUGAAAGUGUUCUUGCUACCUCAAGACCCAGUGCUCAUAUGAGAACCUAUAGGCCUCCUCAUUUCAAUCAAAAUUAUGAGGAUAACAACAAAAGAAUUAUAUGUUUUUUUUGCCAAGAAGAAGGAUAUACUAAACCUAGGUGUCCUAAAUUGGGGAAAUUUGAUAAGAAGACAAGUGUGCAGUGAUAAUGCAUGAAGAAAGUAAUCACUUCGACUUAGACAAGCUUGUAAGUGAUCUCCAACCGAAGCUCAUUGAUCUUCAAUCACUUUUCAAAGGAGGGGCUUAUCCAAUUUCCGGAGCAACGGUGACAUCUACAUCAUCAAAAUUAGAGUGACUUGGGUUUCCCAAUAAAGCAACAUGGUAAUCAGGAUUCCCUCUUUGGUGGAUCUCUGUGUCCAGACUGCAAUUGACAACAUUAAAUAUAUUGGCGAUGUUGGAGAAACUGACAUAAAUCUGUUGAAGUUCAUUCUACCACACUGUACUGCCGAUCAACUUAUGCAUAUUGAAGCUUCUUCCUAUGGAAGAGAUUUGACUGCAGUUACCGACAACUUAUGGAAAAAGCACUAUGAACAACUUUUUGGCGUGGAGAAUGCUAAUGUUGUUAUCAAGAGAAUGAAGAAAGUUCAGCGCUCCUAUAAAUGGCGGGAUUUAUAUAAGGCAAAAUUGAAGGAAAGAGAUGAGGCUCAAAAGAAAUCUGUGGACAGACUGAAAAAUCUUUACGCACAAGAAGUUCUUAGAAAGCAGAGCCGGCAAAUUCGACUUUGCUCGAAGAUUCCACCAUCAGUCAAUAAAAGGAGCUAUUUUGAAGGUAGUGGGUCCUGCAGUAGCUUCUCUAAUGUAAAGGGCAAUCUGAUGAAAAAGGCAAAAAUGGAAUAUUUGAACAGCCAUGAGGCAAAAGUACAUGCUGCUAUGAGGAAAAAUGCAUUGCAAAAGAAGUCUAAUCUGCAAUCAAGUGCUUCUCAAAUGGCAAGACCAAGCAGUUUCACUUUGAAAGGGUCAUCAUCAUCCUCCAAUUUGAGGACUGCUGUUCCAUCAGUGAAGAAACACCCAUGGUAACAACAGCACCAUAUGUGUCUGAAUGCUAGAUAGCAGUUUCAUGGGCUUCCUUCUGGAUACACUGCAACUCAUUUAGAACUCGUCCUUGGGGUGUUUGUUGUAGUGGGGCUAUAAAUUACAGAACCAUUUGUAUGUACGUCCUUCCUACAUUUGCAAUGCAAGCCGUCUUUGCAGGUUCUUUUUCCUGCUAGGGCUAGCUUUCUCAA